AUGGGGAAAUCACUCAAAACUUUUGGCCUUGCCUACUUGAAUGAGGCUGAGGAUGCCGAAGUUGCUCGAACGAGGGACAUCAGUGACGCACUUGAGGCACCCAUACAUGACCAUUGUCGUUCAUGUCGUAACAAGUUGAACCCUUCCCAACAAGAAGCGUUCAACUGCAUCCUUGACCAUGUGAAGCAGAAAAAGCCUGGAGAAUUCUUCAUUGAUGGCCCUAGCGGGACAGGCAAAACAUUCUUGUACAAUGCUUUGUACGCAGAGGUUCGGCUCCUAGGUGAAAUUGUACUUCCUAUUGCUAUAUCCGAUAUUGCUGCAGCGAACAAAACCUCAAGAAGAACAACACAUUCCAGAUUCAAAAUCCCAAUUGAUACUGAGGCUUCCCUCGCAUGUGAUGUCCCAAAACAAGGCAGCUUGGCUACAUUGAUACAGGCGACGACUUUGAUAUUAUGGGACGAGGCGUCGAUGGCAUGA